UUUGCACAAAACAUAAAACAUAUUUGCACGUUAGCUUGCGUGCUACCUGAUUGGUCCUUUUUCUUUGUGACCUGGCAACCAAGUGGACGCUUACAUACGCUUAAACAAGGCAGAAGGGACAUUUCGCUAGCUAGCUAUCCAGCACAAUACGACAAAUAUGUCUUCGAGGACGCUACCCCUGCUUUUUAUUAAUCUCGGUGGAGAAAUGCUCUACAUCUUGGAUCAACGCCUAAGAGCUCAGAAUAUUCCCGCUGACAAAGCCAAGAAAGUUAUGAAUGACAUCAUCACCACCAUGUUCAAUAAAAAGUUUUUGGAGGAGCUGUUCAAACCACAGGAGCUGUACUCCAAGAAGGCCCUCAGGACGGUGUUUGACCGACUGGCCCACGCCUCCAUCAUGAGACUCAACCAGGCCAGCAUGGACAAGCUGUAUGACUUGAUGACGAUGGCCUUCAAGUACCAGGUGCUCCUCUGCCCGCGGGCCAAAGAUAUCCUCCUUGUGUCCUUCAACCAUAUGGAUGCCAUCAAGGAUUUUGUGAAGGACACCCCAAGCGUUCUCAGCCAGGUUGACGAGACAUACAGACAGCUCAUAGAGAUGUACACACCCUUGUCUAGUGGUGAAUUUCAGCUCAUCCGGCAAACGCUCCUCAUCUUCUUUCAAGACAUGCACAUAAGGGUGUCCAUCUUCCUCAAAGACAAAGUGCAGAAUUCCAAUGGACGUUUUGUCCUCCCGAUCUCGGGUCCUGUGCCCCACGGAACACACAUCCCAGGACUUAUCAGAAUGUUCAGCUGCAAUGGCGAAGAGGUGAAGAGACUGCAGUUCCGCAACGGUGGGAACUACACCAGUGUUCUCCGCGAGGGUUCCUUUGAGAUGUUUGGAGAGCGGGUCAUCAAGCUGGGCACCAACAUGUACAGUGUAAGCCGUCCGGUAGAAACACACAUGUCAGGGACGUCCAAAAACUCUGCACAGAAAAAGUCGGUCAACACAGCUCCAAACCCCCUGGCAAAAGAGGAGCUGAACAUGUUGGCCAGGUUAAUGGGGGGUAUGGAAGUCCAGAAACCAGGAAAUGCAGACAGUGGCUUCCGAGUCAACCUCUUUGCUACAGAUGAGGAAGAAGAGGAGGCCUUGAUAUCGAGACCAGACGAGUUUUCAUAUGACGUCAUAAAAAUCCAAGCGACUAAGAACCAGCAAGCCAAUGCGGAGCUGGCAAAAAUCAUGGGGGACUUCACGGAGGAGGCUGGUGAGCCGUGCUCAUCGAGUGCCAACAGUAAAGGGGAUGACCUUCUGGCCAUGAUGGAUGGGCUGUGACAGUGUUACCAUGGUGACCAGAAUCUGAGGGCGGGGCUCAAGGCUGAGUUGGUUAGGAACGGUGUGGUCUACUGUAGGACAGUGUCUUGUCUGCUCUGCUGUGCUUGGCCGUCUGUCUCACUCUGCAAUUAUGGCAGCUGUCUAACAAAAGCACACACAACACCAACCUCAUCUUUGUUCGUUUGUCAAGCUUUUCGAUGCUGAUGUGACAUGAACAGGUCAAUUAAUUUGUUCAGCAAGGACCGACUGUUCAUUUUGCAAAAGUGGGAAAACUUUACGCUUACACUCAGUGGCCCGUUUAUUAGGUUAACCCAUCUUGUACCGGUUUGGACCCCCCAGUAGCCAUGAAGGGAUGGUCAGCAACAAUGUUUAGUUGCGCUGUGGCAUUCAAACGUUGAUCAACUGGUAUCAAGGGACCUAACCUGUGCCAGGAAAAUAUUCCCAACACCAUUACACCACCGCCACCACCUUGUACGGUUGACACUAGGCAGGAUGGGGCCAUGGACUCAUGCUGCUUAUGCCAAAUCCUGACUGCCAUCAGCAUGACGCAAUAGGAUCUGGGAUUCGUCGGACCGGACAAUGUUUUUACACUCCUCAAUUGUCAGUGUUGGUGAUCGCGUGCCCACUGAAGCCGCUUCUUUUUGUUUUUAGCUGAUAGGAGUGGAACCCGGCGUUAUUGUCUGCUGCAAUAGCCCAUCCGUGACGAGUUGUGCACAGAGAUGCCAAUCGGCGUUCAGAGAUGCCGUUCGGCACAUCACUGUUAUACUGCUCUGUUAUUUGUCUGUUUGUGGCCCGCAUGUUACCUUGCACGAUUCUUGCCAUUCUCCUUCGACCCCCCUCUCAUCAAAAAGCUGUUUUUUUACCUCAGGACUGCUGUUUUUAAUUUGUUGCACCAUUCUCGGGUAUUCCCUAGACAUUGUCGUGCAUGAAAAGCCCAGGAGGGCGGCCGUUUCUGAGAUACUGGAUACAGCGCACCUGGCACCGAUAGUCAUACCACGCUCAAAGUCGCGUAGGUCACUCAUUUUGCCCAUUCUAACAUUCAAUCGAACAGUAACUCAAUGCCUUGAAGCCUGUCUGUCUGCUUUACAUAGCAGGCCACAUGACUCACUGUCUGUAAGAGCGAUCCAUUUUUGUGAACAGGGUGGUGUACCUAAUAAACUGGCCGUUGAUUGUAUUUUGUGCUAUUAUGGUGGUAAUCUCAAGAGUUUUUAAAAGUUACAGAUACAACAGUUCUGUACUAGUUAGUCGCCCUGAAACGUCAAAUGGGACAUUUGUUCCACUUCAAUCAAUGAUUUGCGUAUCACUGCUGGCUUACUUCUGAAGCUAAGCAGGGUUGGUCCUGGUCAGUCCUUGGAUGGGAGACCAGAUGCUGCUGGAAGUGGUGUUGGAGGGCCAGUAGGAGGCACUCUUUCCACUGGUCUAAAAAAUAUCCCAAUGC